AAAAAUAGAACGAGGAGAGAUAAGUUGAAUAUUGAGGGUCCGCACGAAAGGGAGACGUAAAACUUUGGGGAACUCUGAAAUGAUAACACGCCAUUGAAGCUCUAAUUCGAUUUCUGUUGCAGACCCUUUCGUCUUUGCUGUCAAAGUUCCGUUCUUUUGCCCCAAAAUUGAUUUUUUCAGUUCAAAAUUUUCAUUUCUGUUGACAAUAUAGGUAGAUAUUAUUAUAUACACAUACAUGCCCUAUUUUGGUGUUUGUCUAAGGUGUGCCAAUGGAGGCAAAAAACUCCGAUUUUCAAAAUCAGGUUCAAGUUGUAUCUGCCAGGGUUUCAAGUUUCUCCCUUGGCGACCACACAUCCAAUUCUGAUUCUCCUCUGGAUGAUGAGGUGGAUGGUAAUAGGAGGGAUUGUGUUACUAAAGAGCAUUGUGAUUCUUUUUCCAUUGAUAGCAGUGAAGGGCAUUGUAUAAAUUCUUCCAGAUUAUAUCCUGAAUUACCUGAAAAACCAUUGGAAAAGAAUACAGAGGACAUGGAGUCUUCAGCUAAUCUUCAGAAGAGGGGAAAAUACUUCUAUUAUGACACUCCACUGUAUGAAGAUACUGGAGUUUGGAUACCGGUCUCAGUUCCACCUAUGUUGGAAGAUGAUCACAGAGAGUGGGCCAAAGGUUUUCACUCAAAUGGUGGAUAUUUUCCUGAUGAUGACAUGGGAUGGAAUUACUUUGUUGGAGAAGAAAGGGAAUUAACUAUGUGGGAUGUGCUAGUAGAAAUGUUACUUGUAGCUCGGGGAAAAGUGACUUCUUUGGCAUCAGGAGAUAUUCAUACAUAUAACUUUUCGUGGAUAUCCAGCAAUGUACUUGAACAAGCUUGGAGAGAGAUGGCACAGACACUUACAGAGGCCAACUUUGGUAAUGUGAGGGAACUACUAGAAGCAGAGCCUCCAAAAUGGUUGGCGGAUAGUGCUGCUUCUUCUUGUAUGCUUUGUGGUGUGAAGUUUCACCCUAUCAUGUGCUCCCGGCAUCACUGCCGGUUUUGUGGAGGAAUAUUUUGUGGUGAGUGCUCCAAAGGGAGGAGCUUGUUGCCAUCAAAGUUCCGAGUUUCUGACCCCCAAAGAGUCUGCGAUGUGUGCUGUGUCCGACUUGAGUCUGUACAGCCUUAUUUGAUGGAUCAUGUAAGUAAUGCUGCUCAGUUGCCAACCCAUGAUCUGACAGAUCUCAGCACUUUGAGAUCAUGGGUUAAUUUUCCUUGGGGGCAGUCCAUGGAAUAUGAAAUUUACAAGGCAACUAACACCAUCAAGGCUUAUAAUCAGAUAGGUUUUUUAAAGCCUGAGAAAUCAAUUCCAGAUGUGAUUCUAAGACAAGCAAAAGGCCUUGCAAUUAUCACUGUGGUCAAAGUAGGAGUGGUGGUUACUUAUAAUAUUGGAACAGGACUUGUGGUUGCGCGUAGGGAAGAUGGUUCCUGGUCUCCUCCAUCUGCUGUUUCGACAUGUGGUGUAGGGUGGGGAGCUCAGGCUGGAGGAGAGUUAACAGACUACAUUAUUGUCUUGAGAACAAAUGAUGCUGUCAAGACAUUCAGUGGCAACGCCCAUCUUUCACUUGGAGCUGGUUUGAGUGCUGCAGUGGGCAUCGUUGGUAGAUCAGUUGAAGCUGAUGUUCGAGCUGGUGACGGUGGCUAUGCUGCUUGUUAUACCUACAGCUGUAGUAAAGGUGCAUUUGUUGGAUGUUCACUUGAAGGAAGUAUUGUGACUACUCGGACGCAAGAAAAUUCGCGUUUCUACGGGAGCCAGUCCAUAACUGCAACUGAUAUACUUCUUGGCUCGUUGCCUAAGCCACCUGCUGCUGCCAUUCUCUACCGUGCUCUUGCUGAUUUGUAUUUGAAGCUUGAUGAUUAAUUGAAUGGCUCUUUAAACAUUGGCACUCAGGAAAAUAAAUAUUGGACCAUCAAUACUUUGUACAGCUGCUAAGUCGUACUCAUCGAGGAAGUUCCUCCUGUCAUCAUUAUUUGUCUUGUAAAUAUACAAUAUAUUUAUGUAAAUGUAGAUAUUGUAUACUCCGCGUUGACCAAGAUGGAGGAUUGAUCACCUGUUUUAAGGUUAAUUUUAUUUGGGUACACAGUGGGAUAGAAUCUUUGAUGAUUUUAUGAUGCUUAAAAGUUCCUCAACUAUAUUACUGGACUAGCCAUAAAAGGAGAGUUUUUCAAGUAAUAAGAUUUGUCUUUAUUUUGUGUUU